AUGGCUCCCACAAUUGAAACCUCUACCCAGGCUACCUCCCUCCCAUCCUCCAAGACCGGUUACGGUGCCAACUUGAAGAAGCAGCCUCUUAAGUACUCGGGUUCUCUUGAUAAGUAUGACCACUUUGAGGUCACCCCUAACAUUGGAGAGGAGUUCUCCAGUGUUCAGCUUAGCUCUCUUCUCGAGUCUGAUGACUUCGAGACUCUUGUGAGAGACCUGGCUAUUCUCGUUGCUGAGCGAGGUGUUGUCUUUUUCCGAAACCAGGACAUCAACGACGAGCAGCAGAAGAAGCUUGGUGAGCUUCUGGGCCACCUGACUGGUAAGCCCAAGGAGUCUGGCCUUCACGUCCAUCCCACUGAGGCCCCCUCUUCUGAGACUGGCCAGGAGGUUCUCAUUCUUCAGCCUGAUCAGGGUGUCCUGAACCAGAAGUUCCUGCAGACCUCCACCCGAGCUGCUAAGAACUGGCACACCGACAUCACCUUUGAGAAGGUUCCUUCUGACUAUGCCAUCCUCAAGAUCAUCAAGAAGCCCAGCUCUGGAGGUGGCGACACCCUUUGGGCCUCUGGAUACGCUGCCUACGAGAAGCUGUCCCCCACUUACCAGAAGAUCCUUGAGUCUCUGACUGCCCACCACUCUGGUCAGCACUUCCACGCUGUUGCCAAGCAGUCUGGUCACGGUAUCGUCACCACUCCUCGAGGUCAUCCCCUGAACUCUGGCGAUGAUCUCUACGCCGACCACCCCAUCAUCCGAACCAACCCCGUCACCGGAUGGAAGUCUCUGUACGUCAACCCCAUCUUCACCGAGUCCAUCAAUGGCCUUGGCUGGGACGAGUCUCGAUCCAUCCUUGAUUUCCUCAACCAGAACCUCAAGGAGAACCACGACAUCCAUGUCCGUUUCCGAUGGAACGACAACGAUGUGGCCAUCUGGGACAACCGAUCCACUUACCAUACCGCCACCUACGACUACUCCACUACCGACCGACUUGGCCACCGAGUUCUGUCUUGCGGUGAGGUUCCUUACCUUGAUGAGAACUCGAUUUCUCGAACUGAGGCUCUGAAGGCUGACCUCGAGGCUGCUGAUGCCACUGCUUCCAAGCUGUCCCAGUUGAAUGUCAACUAG